UCUCUCAACUUUUGUGGAGGAGAGAAAGCGAGAGAACACAAACAGUAAGAGUUUCUAUACACAGAGCCAUAUAUACACAGGCCUCUACAUACAGAGAGAGAAAGAGAGAUCGCGUCUCUGUGUUCUUGAGCUCUCCUUUUCCUCUAGGGUUCUGGUGGGGUGUCUCAGAAACAUUGUGUUAUAUAAAAAAUAAAUUUAUAAUAAAAAGUUUGUAGCUUUUAUACAAUUUAUAAUAUAUAUAUAUAUAUAAAAUAGCAAAAGAAAUGCAACAGCACCUGAUGCAGAUGCAGCCCAUGAUGGCUGGUUACUACCCCAGCAAUGUCACCUCUGAUCAUAUCCAACAGUAUCUCGACGAGAACAAGUCACUGAUUCUGAAGAUCGUUGAGUCUCAGAAUUCGGGGAAGCUCAGCGAGUGCGCUGAGAACCAAGCAAGGCUUCAAAGGAACCUCAUGUACUUGGCUGCAAUUGCAGAUUCUCAGCCUCAACCCCCGAGUGUGCAUACCCAGUAUGCAUCUGGUGGCGGGAUGAUGCAGCCAGGAGCCUCGCACUACUUGCAGAACCAGGCGGCGGCUCAGAUGACGCCACAGGCUCUAAUGGCGGGCCGCUCAUCCAGUUUCUAUACACAGAGCCAUAUACACCACGGUCAGCUCGGGAUGAGUUCCAGCUCCGGUCUCCAUAUCUUGCAGGGCGAGGUGGGAACUUCCGGCGGAAGUGGAGGGUUCCCUGACUUCAGCAGCAGGGGGAAGCCUGAGAUCGGAAACGGUGGUGGAGAAGGCAGGGGAGGAAGCUCCGGCGACGGGGGAGAGACCCUUUACUUGAAAUCGACCGACGAAGGGAACUAAGAAGCGAAACGUCGUGUUUUUUCAGAAGCAGUUUGUAAUAAAAUGAUCAAGCAAAGAUUAGGGUUUAUUGUGUUUAAGUUUUCUUGUGGAAGAAGCAAGUGAUCGGAUCUUGAUGCAAGAACAAGAACUUUUUAUCUUCGUCUUCUCUAUAUCUAUUUUGUCUUCUAAA